GCAAGAUGGUUCUGCGCGGGGGCCUGGGUGCUUCUGGUUUUAUUCUAUUUUGGUUAUGGAAUUUCAGCACUGCGGAUCAAGAAGGCAACCUUUUGGACAAAUGGAACCAAGAUCCCGCAAAGGUUUCAAACAAAUUCCAAUGUGACAAUUUGUGUAAGCAGCUUAAAGACUGUCGACUGGCGGUGUACAAUUCUCGUCAACGUACAUGUUUUGUCAAAUAUCAACUGGCAAGUGUGACAUCAGAUACCCAGGACUUGUCUUUGGUGGGAGCGGGAACACGAAGCAUCUGCCGGGACUGCCUAGAAGAAGUGUGUAUCCCUGUGACUGAGGCACGGAGAGCAUUUUGUACUUCCAGAGAUCCGUCACAAGUGUCCCUUUCCUCUUCGACAACGUCAACAUCAACAUCUGCACAAACAUCCACUGAACCAUCAGUAGUUACAUUGGAGGUGACGACUUUCAAUGCUUCAUCCACACCCGGAACGACAGCUGCACCAACAGCACCACCAACGACAUCAUCUACUGCAGUUCCAACAUCCCAAUCUACAACAUUCGAGUCGAUUACAACAGAAACCUCACCAACAACGCUGCUCAGUAUUUCGUCAGCAGCGUCAGCAUCCGACACAACUUCAACACCGAUACCAACAACUGAUACCUCUACUUCAGCAAUGCCUACAACAACACAAGGUCCGUGUGCCCUUGAUGCAACUCAUUUUGCAUCCGAGUCAGUUUGCGUGAAAGUGUUUACUCCUAAGCACACAUGGCAAGACACUAAGACAGUUUGCGAAGGCGAAUCUUUCAAUGGCAAUACGUACAGGAUGAUAACAUUCAAAACUAAAGAAAAACAUGAUGAAAUAGUUGCAUAUCUUACUGAGAAAUUGACAACGGCUGUUGGGAUAUGGACUGGUUUAACCUAUACUUCUGGUUCCUGGCAAUGGGAAGAUGGCUCUGAGGCACAGUACCUUCCCUGGGAGCCACCAGAGCCGAACACUCUAACAGAGAAGUGUGCUGUGAUCUACGAACCUACAGACUGGACAAUGCAUAAUAACUUCUGUGAUGUGAAAUGGAGUGCUAUGUGUGAGGUAUCAGCGCGAUGAGUCCGUCCGUCUAAAUAGCAGCUUUCAAUUAAUGUUUGGUUAUGGUAACUUUACAUUUAAAGGGUGGGCAUCUAUUUAGCAAGACAAUAGCUCAAAUAACUUAAAAUUAUCUAUCCAUCCAUCCAUCCAUCCUAUCUA